GCGGAGCCUCUGGCCGCCUCGCCAGCCUCUCCCGCCUCACUCCAACCCUCCCCCCCUCCCCCAGCACCAUGGCUUCAGCACUGAGCUAUGUCAACAAGUUCAAGUCCUUCGUGAUCUUGUUCGGCACCCCGAUCCUGCUGCUGCCGCUCAUCAUCCUGGUGCCCACCAAGUCUGCCAGGUGUGCCUACGCCAUCAUCAUCAUGGCCACUUACUGGUGCACAGAAGUCAUCCCUCUGGCUGUCACCGCCCUCUUGCCUGUCUUGCUUUUCCCACUCCUCAAGGUUCUGGACUCCAAGAAGGUGUGUGUCCAGUACAUGAAGGACACUAACAUGCUGUUCCUGGGAGGCCUCAUCGUGGCUGUGGCCGUGCAGCGCUGGAACCUGCACAAGAGGAUCGCCCUGCGCAUACUCCUCUUGUUGGGGACCAAUCCUGCACGGCUGAUGCUGGGCUUCAUGGGCGCCACCGCCUUCCUCUCCAUGUGGAUCAGCAACACAGCCACCACAGCCAUGAUGGUGCCCAUUGUGGAGGCCGUGCUGCAGCAGAUGCAGGACAGGAGCAAAGUCAGAAAAGGCAGCAAAGGCAGCAAAGGCAGCAUGGGGUCCAUGCAGCCUUCAGAAAAUAGCAGUUCUGGUGAGCCGACAGGGAACCAAGUGAUUUUUGAAGGCCCUGCUAUGGAGCCGGAGGAGGAUAGAGACAGGAAGAACAUGUGCAAGGCCAUGACACUGUGCGUGUGCUACUCGGCCAGCAUCGGAGGCACUGCCACCCUGACCGGGACAGGACCCAACGUGGUGCUCAUGGGCCAGAUGCAGACGUGA